AUGGCGGCGCCCGUGCCGCGUACGGAGGAGCGAGGAGCGGGGCAAGAUGGCGGCGUACGGAUGAGCGGAAGCCGGGCAGGAUGGCGGCGCACGGAGGGGGCGGGACAAGAUGGCGGCGUACGGAGAGGCGGGACUACGACAAGAUGGCGGCGCGGCGGGGAGGGGAGGGGCGGGGCGCGGCGCGUCGGGAGGUGACGGAGGGGCGGGGAGCGGCGCAGGAGAAUGGAAGGCGGCGAGCGGCUCCUCCCCAAGGGCUUCCCCAAGCUGAAGAAUGACACGUUCCUGCGAGCGGCACGUGGGGAGGAGACGGAGCACACCCCGGUGUGGUGCAUGCGGCAGGCAGGGCGCUACCUGCCCGAGUUUCGGGAGACCCGGGCGGCGCAGGAUUUCUUCGCCACUUGCCGGAGCCCCAAAUUGUGCUGUGAGCUGACGCUGCAGCCACUCAGACGAUUCCCCCUGGAUGCUGCCAUCAUCUUCUCCGACAUCUUGGUGGUGCCCCAGGCGCUGGGCAUGGAGGUUGUCAUGGUCCCCGGCAAAGGACCCACGUUCACAGAGCCCCUGAAGGAGGUGGAGGAUCUGCUGAAACUGCGGCAGAAGGUGGAUGUGACCGCAGAGCUGGGUUACGUCUUCCAGGCCAUCACGCUGACACGACACAGCCUGGAGGGCAAGGUGCCCCUCAUCGGCUUUUCCGGGGCACCUUGGACGCUUAUGUCCUACAUGAUUGAAGGUGGUGGCUCCACUACAAUGGCCAAGGCCAAGAGCUGGCUCUACCGUCACCCCGAGGCAAGCCACCGACUGCUGCGGCUGCUGGCCGAUGUCAUCACUGACUACCUGGUGGGGCAGGUGGCUGCUGGAGCGCAGGCGCUCCAGCUGUUUGAGUCCCAUGCGGGGCACCUGGGCCCGGAGCAGUUUCAGGACUUCGCCCUGCCUUACAUCCGAGACAUCUCCCAGGCUGUCAAGAGCAAGCUGAAGGAGGAGGCACUGCCCCUGGUGCCCAUGAUCAUCUUUGCAAAGGACGCGCACUACGCGCUGCGCGACCUGGCCCAUGCCGGUUACGAGGUGGUUGGUCUCGACUGGACCAUCCGGCCCCAGGAAGCUCGUGCACAGACAGGGAAAGAUGUCACCCUGCAAGGGAACCUGGAUCCCUGCGCUCUCUAUGCACCCAAGGAGAAGAUUGGUGAGCUGGUGAAGAAGAUGCUGGAGGGUUUUGGGACCCAACGCUACAUCGCCAACCUGGGCCACGGCCUCUACCCUGACAUGAGCCCUGAGCACGUGGGUGCCUUUGUGGAGGCCGUGCAUGCUCAUUCCCGCCACAUCAACAAGCACAGCUGAGCCUGGGGGCUUGGGGACAGGACUCUGGUUUGGGCACAGUCACCUCAAGUAGCGUGUUGUCACAGGGCUCGCUCCAGGCUGGGCUGCAGCAUUAAACCAGCACCUUCUCCGCAGCAGCCGUGUGGCUCUGGCUGGGGGGACGGGGAGCUGGAUGGCCCUGGAAGAGAUGGGCAGUGAUGGCAGCCUGGCAGUGAGGCAUCUGAGGUCAGGGGGAGCCCCUGAGCCCUGUCCCGCAGGUCAGAAUGGGGAAACAGGGAUGCCAGCAAAGUGGGGGAGAUGUCUCUCCCUGCCAGGCUGCACUGUGUUCUGCCACGGGCUUGCGAGAGAGGAUGUGGGCUCAGAGCACAACAGGCAUCUCCCGGCACUAUGGAUGCGCUCAGCCCUGCUAGGGGAGAUGGGCUGCCUGAGCCUGGCAGGGACACAGCCUGGGAGUUGGGGGCUCGCAGCCUACCACUGCUACAGGCUCAGUGUAAGCUGUGCCACAGUCCUGCUCAGGUGGGAACAGGCAACGUGGCAUCGACCCACAACAUCCCUGAGUGGGUGAGAGACCCAGCAGGACUCACCUGGGCGACAGCCGGCCAUGUGGCAGGAGCCCUCCAGACACUAGCACCGCCAGCACCCUGCCACACUGGCUGGGAUAGCGGCAGAGGCACCGUGGCCCUAGCACUGCCAUCAUCCUCCUCCAGCUCCCAGAGCCUCUUUGGGACCAUCCCACUGGUCCUGGAGAUCUCUCCCCCAUGCACACCUCCCCAUCGCCUCUGAUCCUCGGGGCCAAGUCUACCUGGGGCUCAGCAAACCCUGCAGAAAGCAGCCCAGGGUGCCAGCAGCACCCAGGAACCCUGGGUUAUGACUCCAAGCCACCCCAUCCCACACUGCAGCACACUUACUGCAGUCCAGGCUGGCUGUAGUAUGGAUCAAGACAUGGGCGCCAACGCUGCUCUAGCCAGCACGGACAGGGCAGUGCCACCAGGGUGGGCAGGGACCUGCUGAUGCUGAGCGUGGCAGGGAAUUGCACCCUGAAGCAGCCAGGGUGCCUUGCCACUGCUCCGUCCUCCUCCUUGGGGCGCAGGAGCUGGGUACCAUAGAGGGCUGUGAUGCCACCUCCUCCCCGGGGCUCUGCCCUGCUUGUGUCAGCCGCGACGCCAGGCUGCCCAGCAAAUGUGGUGACCCCUCUGACUUCAGAGAAAGGCAGGAGAGAUACAGGCGGUAACGUUCAUCCCUUUUAUUAUUAAACAUCAGAUGAAGAGGUCGCACACACACAUACACGCACGCAAAAAAAA